AUGGACCGUAAACGAAAACAAAACAAUGAUGAUAAUGUUAAUAUUAUUGAUUCUUCAAAUGAUGUUGAAUAUGAAGCUUCACAUGAUAUAUCAAAUUCAAUUAUAUUAUCCUCAAAAAGUAAAAAGAAAAAGGUAACAGAACCAUGUAUUUCAACUAAAAAAUUAUCACGAAAAAAAGUUGAAAUGCAACAAAAAUACAAAGAAAAGAAGUUGGCUAAUUUAUCUAAAACUAAGAAAAAAAAGCUAGCUAGGGUUGCUGCAAGAAAAGAAGAAAAAAUAAAUUUAGAAAAUUUAUUUAGUGAGCUUCAGCAAUACCAAUCGCAAAGUGGUAAUUUAAGUUUAAUAACAAGUAGUAUGGAUGCAAAACGUAAAAAAGAUGACACAAAAUUUCCAUCAAAAGUCAAAUCCAUUGAUAAAGAUGUAUUAAAAAAGUGGGAAAAUGAUAAUGAUAGGGAGCAAAAAGAUUUUUUUGAAACUGAUUCAUCUUCUGAUGAUGAAGAUGUCGAAGAGGAAAUGAAACAAUUUUUUAAUAAACUUAAUCAAAAGAAAGAAAAUCAAGUUAUUAAAGAAGAAUGUAAUACUGAUACAUCUGUGGAAAAAAAUAAUUCUGUUACGAAAGAGAAAAUUAAGCCCAAUGAAAAGGAGGAUUUAUCACCAAUUGUAGGACCAAAAAUUGCAGUCAACAGACUAGACAGUAUACAAGCCCAGAGAUCAAGUUUACCUAUUUUUGCAGAAGAACAAGAAAUUGUUGAAUCUAUAAAUGAUAAUAUGGUAACAAUUAUAUGUGGUGAAACUGGUUCGGGUAAAACAACACAAAUACCACAAUUUUUGUAUGAAGCUGGAUACACAUCUAAAGGUCAUCUCAUUGGUAUUACUGAACCACGACGUGUUGCAGCCAUGAGUAUGGCAUCAAGAGUUGGAAUUGAAUUAAAUGAUACGGAUUUAUCAAGUUAUCAAAUUAGAUUUGAAGGUAAUAGAAAUAUAAAAACAAGAAUAUUAUUUAUGACCGAUGGUGUUUUGAUGCGUGAAUUACAGCAAGAUAUUAUGUUGUCAAAAUUUUCAGUUAUCAUUAUCGAUGAGGCACAUGAGCGUUCAAUGUAUUCAGAUAUCUUAAUUGGUAUUUUAUCAAGAAUUGUUCCGUUGCGAUCAAAAAAAGGAUUUCCAUUAAAAUUAAUAAUAAUGUCUGCAACAUUACAAUUAGAAGACUUCAUGCAAAAACACCUUUUUCCAACAAUAGAACCAAAAAUUAUUAAAGUUGAAACAAGACAAUUUCCAGUAACAAUUCAUUUUGAAAAGAAUACACCCAAUGACUUUUGUGAUGCUACAUUUAAAAAAGUUUGCCAGAUUCAUGAAAAAUUACCUCCAGGUGCAAUAUUAGUUUUUGUUAGUGGUCAAAUUGAUGUUGAAAGAAUUAUUAGAAAAUUGAAAGAACGUUAUCCAAUUAGUAAUAAACGUAGAAAGUUUCAAACAAAAAAUUUAAAAAAAGUUAAAGACGAAACAAAUCCUGACAUUGACGAGUUUGGUGUUAAUGAUGCUGCAUGUUUUGAUGAACAUUUAGAUGAUGAAAUUAUUUCAGAAAAAAGUACAGAAAUUCAUCCACCACCACCCGAUUCUCAGCCACUAUAUUGUUUACCAUUGUAUUCAUUAUUGUCAACAGAAAAGCAGAAAAGAAUUUUUAAUCCAAUACCUGAAAAAUCAAGACUUUGUAUAGUAGCAACAAAUGUUGCUGAAACAUCUAUAACUAUUCCUAAUAUUAAAUAUGUAAUUGAUUCUGGAAAAGAAAAAAGAAAAGAAUAUGAUGUAAUAACUGGUGUCAAUCGUUUUGUUGUAACUUGGUGUUCUCAAGCUUCAGCAAAUCAACGUUCUGGUAGGGCUGGACGUGUACAAGCAGGACAUGCAUAUAGAUUAUACUCAUCUGCUGUUUUUCAAGGUUUUGACAAAUUUUCAAUGCCAGAAAUUUUAAACAAACCUACAGAUCAACUUGUUUUACAUUUAAAAUCAAUGAAUAUUGUUAAAGUGAUAAAUUUUCCAUUUGUUACCAAACCAGAAGCUGAUCAAUUAGAAAUGAGUGAACAAAAAUUGGUUAAGAUGGGUGCAUUAAGUGUUGAAUUGAAUGGUCAAGUAAAAGAAGCUAAAAUAACAAAAUUAGGUAGAACAUUAGCAGCACUUCCAUUAUCACCAGAAUACGGUAAAAUGUUAAUAAUGGCUAAUCAAAAAAAUCUGUUUAAUUAUGCUAUAACAUUAGCUGCAAUACUAAGUGUAAGGGAACCCCUAAUUUCAUUAAGAUCAAUUAAAGGAAAAGACAAUGAAAAUACAAUGACAUUAAUUAAACAGGAACUUGUCAAAAGAUAUAAAUUAUGUAGUUCUGGACAAUCAAAAUUACUUGGAGAUAUUACAUUACUACUAAAAUUAAUGGGAGCUGCAUUAUAUGGAAAAUGGAAUCAAAAAGAAUGUGAAAAAAUGGGCUUAAGAUACAAGGCUUUUUUGGAGGCAAAAAAAAUGAGGAAACAAUUAAUAAAAUUGGUAAAUACAAAUUCAGAUGGAGUGAUUGAUGGUGGGGAAAUAAAUGUGGAAGAUGAUUUAGAGCCUCCAUCUGAAAUUCAAUGUAAACAAUUAAGACAGAUUUUAGUUUCAUGUUUACCAGAACGUAUUGCACGGAAAGUGGAGGGAAGUGAUAAUCUGGAUCAAAAUGAUAUACCAAAAGGUGCAUAUUAUUGCCAAAAACUUGAGGAAUAUGUUUUUAUUGAUCCAUCUUCAAUGGUUUAUAAGUCUCAACCUGAAUAUGUAUUGUAUCAAGAAAUUGUUCAAACAAGUGAGAAACGUCUAAUGACAGGAUGUUGUGUAGUUGAUGGUGAAUGGAUUUCUCUUCUAGCUCCAGAAUAUUGUUCAUUCUAUCCUUUUGAAAAUAAAGAUUCUUUGAACAAUAAAGAUGAAGUAGAAAUUUAUAAAUAUAAUGAAAAACUUGGAACUGUUGUUGAACAAGUUAAAUGCUUUUUUUCACCUCAUCAAUGGAAUCUUGGAGUUUGUGAACGUCCACUUCCUGUUAACAUAGUGUUAUAUAAAUUUUUUGCUUAUCACAUUCUUGAAGGAAAUGUUUUAAAACCACUGAAAAAUUACAAAGAAUAUUUGUUAGCUCAGCCUUCUAGUUUACUUAAAAACUGGGCAAAAUUACAAGAAAGAACAGAAGCAUUCAUUAAUAAAUUAAUUGAAAGAGAAGUUUAUCAAAAAUCAAAAUUAAUAAGUUUGUGGAAAAAUGGUGAGAGAGAGUAUUUGUUGGAAGAAUAUUUAAUGUGGUUACCUGAAUCUAUUCAUGAUAAAGUUGCAUUGGAAUGGCCACCUAUUGAAGAAUAA